AUGACCUCAGCCAAAGAGAGCAUGAAGACAAGGGAAAAGCUCUUGGGGAAGUUGAAAAUGGAACAUGGGACACAGACCAAUGAAAAGAAUUCCAUUGAUACAGUAUUGUCUCUUGGUCUCUACAAUUUUCUGGAUCAUCUUGUAAAAUGUGACCUGGCUUCCACGCUCCCAAAUAUCUCAUUCAACUUGGAUGGCAAGGACUUCACACUCCAAGGUUCUGACUAUGUCUUAGAGAAUGAGGACAGCAGCAAUGAGAUGUGCCUGGUGGCCCUCCAUGACAAGAAUGUAGAACCUCUGUGGCGCCUGGGUACAACCUUCAUCAAAAAGUUCUACACUGAAUUUGACUGACACAACAAUCGUAUUGGUUUUUCCUUGGUGGCCUGACCUGUCUCUGCCCACAUCCCUGUUGGAUCCCACUUUUUCCAUGUUGUGCUUCAGUCCUUGGGACAGAGUUAAGUCCCUUCAUCAAGCUCUCAAAUCCUGCAGACCACUGUUAAUCUACUGCUUUAAUGGAGAAUAGAAUAAA